AUGGCAGGCGACACCAAAAGCUGGUCCUUAGAACCCGAAACCGAAUACAGAUUCGAACUCGAUCCUGGAACCAGCCUGGCCAUCAAGCUCCUCACUGGGCAUGCUGAGAUCUUUGGAAACGAACUGGUGGAGGGGAAAUCGUACGUGUUCGGCUUCGAAUGCAAAGCUGCCGUGUUUACAUGGAGAGGAUGCACGAUCGAGAUGAGUUAUCUAACUUCCAACACGAACGCCCACGUUACUGGUCGACCGUCCACGGAGUAUGUGUCUGAGGAAACACCAAUGUCAACAUACGCCAAUCUUCACUUCGCAUUCGAGCAAAUGCGAGUUCGAGCGCUGGCGGCGUUGCAUGGAUCUCCUAUAUCGGAUGAAGAGGAUGCUCCACCGAGUCUCGACCCUCCUCGUGUUUUGGUGCUAGGGCCAGAGAACUCCGGGAAAACUAGCCUGUGCAAGAUUCUUGCUAAUUACUGUCUUCGCUCUAUCGAGGGAUGGACUCCUAUACUCGUGAACACCAACACAAGCGAAGGCGGAUGGGGCGUACCAGGGACAGUGUCUGCUGUUCCCCUCCACAGCCCUUUACCUACUGCUUCGCCAGCCAACCCCCUGGGAAUGGUUGCUACAUCAGCUCCUAUGCACCUAUCCUCAAACGCGCUGCUUCCUCUGACGUACUGGUAUGGCCAUGCGAAUAUGAAGCGCAACCCUCUGCUCCUGGACCGCAUCAUCCGAAAUCUGGGCGAAAAUAUCAAUGAUCGGUGGGACCUCGAUCCCGAAGGGAGAGUUGCAGGGAUAAUCGUCGAUACUCCCUCGUCGUUCGCUGCUAGUAAAUCGGGGCCAGGUCAAGAUCACCGCUUGACCCUGAUUAAAGCUUGUGUAGACGCCUUCCGAAUCAAUGUCAUUGUUGUCGUAGGGCACGAAAAGCUCAAUGUCGAAAUGCAGAGGACGUUUGGCGAUCGGGUGAACGUUGUCAAAGUUCCAAAAUCCGGCGGUGUCGUGGAACUUGACCAAGCAUAUCGAGACCGAAUUCAAGCUUAUCAGCUACACGCGUAUAUGUACGGUCAGAAAAUUACGCCCCCGCCGGGGGUGACAGCACCCUCGCAAGGUGGAGAGACUAUCGGAGAUUUCACUCUUUCGCCUUCGUCUACAGUGAUCAGCUUCGGCGAUCUACAGAUAUACCGCAUUGGCGAAGAAAACAUGGCACCAUCUUCGGCACUGCCAAUCGGAGCAGCACGCGUGGUAUCUGAGCUUCAGCCCAUUCUCGUUGAUCCUGCUAUGCCAGGCUCCGGGCUAUUGAAUUCCGUGCUCGCGCUGUUGGCACCCCCGAACCCUGACGAGUCCGAGCGAUACGAUGAGGAAAUACUCGAUUUGCACGUUGUGGGUUUUCUAGUAGUAACCGCGCUCGAUAUUGGGAACAAGAAGAUGACGGUGCUGUCGCCAAGUCCAGGGUCUCUCAUAGGCAAGACCGCUAUUAUGGGUUCGUUCGAAUGGACAGAAGCCGUAUAG